GAGGGCAGCAACAUCAGCAUCAAAGAUUUGGACCGGUACUUGACUUUUUCAGUUCUUAUCCGUCUAGCUAUCAGCUCGCUCGUAAAUAAAAUGAAUAGAUCUGUGAUAGUGAUGCCACUGGCACUGGAAGGUCAGAUGUUUUGCUUAAAGCCUGUAAUGAAUCGUUGAUGUAAAUGUGUUUUCAAGCCCAUUUUAGACGGAGGUUCAGCACAGUUGAAAGAAUGCCAAGAAAUCAGUACAGGAGUUACUGUCAGGAGCAGGUUGACGAGGCCAUCAACCGGAUUCUCGUUGACGGAAUGUCAAUCAGGAAAGCGGCAAAGACUUAUGGAAUUUACAAGUCAACGCUUUUUGAUCAAGUCGCUGGAAAGAUGCCCAUUAAAUCCACUCAAGGGCCGUGCCCUUAUUUUAACUUCCAAGAGGAGACGAAGAAAGCCAAAUGGGCCCAGCAGAUGGCCAGAAUAGGAUUCGGCAUUAACAGACUGGAGUUACAUGUACAACAGACUGUCAAGAAGAUAGUAACAGAGGAUAACAGGGAAACACCCCUCAGGGCCGGCAUGCCAGGACAGAAGUGGCCAAAGGGGUUUUUGAAGAGACAUCCUGAGCUGUCAGAGAGGGAGCCAGAACUGCUUGGUGGCGAACGAGCGGUGGUCACGGAGGCAAAGAUGGAUGAAAACCUGGAUGACUACCUUGUCAGCAAGGGGUGCUCUUCUAUCCACAUUUCUCCCAGACGAAUCUUCAACUGUGACAAGAGUGGCUUUCCUCUGAGUGGGAAGGUGUCCAGAGUGGUAGCCACCAAGGGUAGCCGAACUGUCAGCUCUGUUGGGUCCAGCAACAAAUCCCAGGUCACUGUCUUAGCGACAAUAUCGGCAUCUGAUCACGUCCUUCCACCGACGAUUGUACUAGCAGGCCAGAGGUUCAAGGAAAAUCCAUUGAAGGAUGGACCCGAAGCCUGCCUUGGGAGAUGUGAGAGUGAAUGGAUGAACAGUGAGGUGUUCUUCAAGUAUAUGGCCAACAGCUUCAUCCCUGGGUCAAAGAUCAUGAAAUACCAAAACUAGUGCUACUCCUUGUUGACGGGCACAGUAGCCACAUUACAUAGGAGGUUGGCAAGCUGUGCAACAAUGCUGGAAUCGAGUUAUAUCCCCUUCCAGCCCAUGCCAGCCACAUAAUCCAACCCUGCGAUGUGGCUUUCUUCAAGCCGUUAAAGUCGGCAUGGGCUCGAGCCGAGCGUGAAUUCCGACAGGCUAACCCGGGCCAGUAUGUAACAAAGUACACAUUUGCUAGUGUUUUCAGGAGACCCUGGGAGGAAGUUCGCAGAAGGAAGGAGCUGGUGAAGUCUGCAUUUUGAGCAACAGGGAUUUUCCCAUUCUCGAAGCAGUUUGCUAAGGAGAAGUUGGCACCUUCUUCUGUAUGCAGAAAAGUAUAGGAGGAGGGGAAUAAUGCAAGCACUCAGGCCCCUGGUCCCUCUGGGGAUGCAACAUGUUCAACCUCAGGUUCUUCUGGUGGACAGUCUCUUCCGCUGGAGAAGCACCUCAGCUACCCUCAAAUCUCAUAGGUCAAGGCACAGAGACGGAAGGGUGAUGACCUGCCGAAAUGCAUUAGCAGUGAUGCAUGUCUCAAGUACCUAAAGAAAAAACAGGAGGUAAAAACACAAGAAGAAGAAGAAGAAGAGAAAACAAAAAGAGGGGAGAGAGAUAAAGAAGAAAGCAAAAGAAGAUGGGAAGAGGAAGAAGAAGAUGAAGAACACUGAAGAAGACCAUCCUGUCAUCGAUGUUAACACAUGUCCAGAAUGCGGAGGGAUGUAGGCCAAUGAUCUUGAUGAAUGGAUGGGAUGUUGUCACUGCGAGUGAUGGCUUCACAUAAUUUGUUCACAUGGAUUGGAAGGUCUGACAGACGAAGAGAUCGUGGCUCUGAAUUUCAAGUGCCAUUUUUGUUAGAUGAUGGUCGUUUCUGUUACAUGGUAUUUGAAUGACAUCUAACAUCAUGACACUUGAAUAAAUCUAAUUAAAGAGAAAACAUUGUUAAAACACUUUUUACUUUUUUGU